AUGGCGGACUCUUCUGGCUCUGGCUCUGACUCCGACUCCGAUUGGGAGACUGAUGAUUCUGAACCUCGUGCUACUGCGACCCGCGAUUCAAAUCAACGCAGCAACACCUCUGCUCGAAAUCGACAACAAGCCAGAAGAAUGAUGCCGCCCUCCUUCGAUAUGUCUUCCUUUGACGACAGCCUCUUUGGCGACAGCGCUUUAGGUGACUUCAUGUAUGGUCUGGAAGCAAACGGGUUUGGGGAUUUCGACGAUGAGGAUGAGAAUUACGAAGACUCUUCUAGCGAUUCCUCCUCCUCCUCUGAUGAUCCCUCUGACGAUAGUGAAUCUUCCGAUGAUGAAGACUCUGAAGAGGAAGAAUAUCGCAUUCGGGGACAACAAUCCAACUUGAGCGAGCAAGCCCAGGAUGAAAGCGAGAAACAAUCAUCCGGUAGCCCUACAAAGAACUCAACAGCAACGCAAACCUCAAAAGACAUACAGAAAACUGGAGAUGUGUCGCUCUCUGCCGCAUCAACUGCUGAAGAGAAAUCGGCGCAAGCCCGCAACCACGGAAACGAUUUGUACCGUAAAGGUUUAUUCGGUAAGGCGACAAAGGCCUACUUCGAGGCUCUGUCCUUGACUCCGAAUGACUCUGCGCCGCUUUCGAAUCUCUCUGCCACUGAACCAGAAUACUACCCUGUAGGACAUGAUUCUGCCGAGCCAGACGCAGACAAGCGCAUGCUGGCUCUCAAGCAGAGUCUUUCUUGGUUGUUUGCAGGAAUUGGCGACGCCCGCAACUUCUUCUCAACACUCAUCUUCCUCGAGGGUGAGUUAGUGCACCAUGGUACUCAUGAAUCGAAUCGGUUCCAUUUCACUCUGAUCGAUUUGAAGCCAGCUGCUAUUGCCAAGAUUCUCAUCAUGCUCCAUCUGCUCGAGCAGAGUGAAGAUAUGGAAGCCGUAGCAUGUGCCGUCUAUGUAUAUGGCUCUCUUAUCAUGCCGCCCUUUGCUUAUACAAGACUGCAGCAGACCAUUGCCGAUUUGAUCGACAAGUGCAAGAACGGGGCAUCGUUUACCGAGUGGCUUUACGUUGCGGAAGCACAUCGCCAAAGCAUCCUUCGUCACCUUCUAGCAUGGAAGGAACACCUCUACGGAAAGUACGAGACUCGAAACUUUCGAGAGGAUGGUUUGCGACACGCUCGUGCGAACAGAGAACAGCGUAUCUCUGCACAUGAUGGAGCAGAUCAUGACCAUAAACUGUUCUGGACCUAUGGUAUCCUCAUGCCAGACGUAGAAGAAUUGGAGCAUGAAAAGGAGCUCGCUCAGUUGCUUAAACGCACGAAGCUGCGACCACGUGAAAGAUCGAUUCCCAACCAGGAUGUGUUGGACGUUAUCGACAACACAUGGGAGCCGAACGUCACGCUCGUAGACAUUGACUGGGACCUGGUACGAGAUGGUGGCCGCUCAAAGGGCGUCCCGGACUUCAACUUCGACAUACCUGUUGUUGCUUACAAUCUUUUCAGCCCAGAUGAAGGCCAUGCAAGAAACAUUGGAUACAGAAGUUUCUGGGACUGGUUCAUGUUCUUCUUCGAGACGACUUCCAUGGCCAUUCGAGACCUUCACUCACGAAUAUGUGUCGAGCUUGUUAUCGGUGAGAUGAACGACUGUCUAGAACGACUACAACACAACGCUUGGAGUACAAGAGGCGAUGAGCAAGGCAAGCAUGAUCCGGAACUUUUCCCAAAGAUCUAUAACCGCAUUCACAUGAGCAAUGUUCCUGAUUAUGUUGGAGGUGCUUUGAGCACUUUCCUCUAUGGAGCUCCACUUCUGCAUCCACACCGGAGCUCUGCCAUCAAGUCUCGGGUCUUACUCAACAAUCCUACAUUCGACACCCACGGACAGUUCUUGACCGAAUACACUUUGCUCACCGACGUGAAAAGCGUGGAACAGUGCUUUAACGUGAAACUGAGACGGGAUUCUUCUUCGCUCACUGGUUGGGGUCUUCCCACAGUGCAGCUACAUGACUACACUAUGUGGACUGUCGGGUCAUCGAAGCCAUUACCUAGUGGUAAACGAAUGGCCCGCCCUGUGAGCGAGAAAUUUUUCCAAGCACAUCUGCUAAAGACAUGCCUGCCGUACCGUCGCAACACCAAGUACAUUACCAGUUUCGAUGUGCGAACGCCACUCAACCUGACAAUCCUCUUCAGACUACUCAUCCACUUCCAUAAGAUGGGAUGUCCUGCGCACUGGCUUUCCGGAAUAUUGGGCAAUAUGCUCGAAGGUGUCAUCACAACGUCCGCCAGGGCACCGAGACGCUACGCUGUGAAGAUUCAAGAAGUCCGAGAAACUCAUCCUAGCAUUUCCACGUCUAUUAGACCGUGGAUUGCAGAGUUGAGCACCCUUACAAGCAUUUGGCAGCAUCUGCUUCCUUUCGGCCUGCUUUUCAGCAGCAACCUGGUUCCGGCUCUCGAUAUCGUCAGGCACUACAACCUCAAGUUUCCGGCACCCGAAGACGAUUGCCUUAACAGAGCAGUAUUCGCACUAGUAUUCUGGGACACUGGUAGAGGAUCGCCACCAACCAAUCUGAGAAGCACUCUGCUGGAUGACGAGCACGGCGAUCGCAGCAAGGCAGCCAAAAGCAUGCGGGAGUCUGGAGUUCACGUGCUUACAACGUUCAAAUGGCUGCAGAAGACCAACACUGCUACAUUCUGGCUUCGAAGCGACGUGGUUGAGGCAAUGCAAAAAGAGGGGUGGAAGGCGUACAUCUGGCGACUUGAUACCUGGGAACGUGUCACUGCUGGUGUUUCGAUCCGCGAUGACCUUCAGGUAGGGGCCACUUGGACAGACAUUGCGACUGAGGACCCUAUCAAACCUCCCCCCAAGGAUGACAUCUCUACCAAGACUGCAAAUUCGAAAGCCUCCGCUCCCAAGGCCACAACUACUCCGAAAGAGCCCGAGCCACAGACGCAUGCGUCGAUAGCAUCGUCUAUGCCAGCUCGCAUCUCCAACGACGUCGAUCGCAAGUUGGUCAAAGAGUACCAAAUCACCCUCUCCCGUCUUGCAGACGCAGCCGCCGAGGACGCCAGAGAACCAGGCCUACCCAAACAAAUCAAGAAAACCCGUCAAGCCUACAUCCGCGCCAUCGACGAACUGCGCCGCCGUGUAGACCCCAGCUUCACCCCUACUAAAGCCACGAAGUUCGAGGAUUGGCCCUACAUCGAUCUCAUCCAUGAAGUCCGAGAGGUAGAAAUGAUGGUCAUUAUGGCACCGCUGCUGCCCAACGAUCUGCAGUGCCAGUUGCAUAUUGCUAAGCUUGUUGCUGGCAAGGUGCCUUCGUUGGCGAUACCGAGCAAGGAGUCUCUGAAGUUUGUUGAGAAGUUUGAUGAGCAUAUUGAGAGGAGGAAGCGCUAUGAUGCUUUCAAGGAGAAGCAGAGUAAAGAGCCCAAGCGAGAAAGACAGAUAAAUCCGGAUUGUGCUCCUCAGUAG